AUGUCGUACGAAGGUGGAUAUGGAGGCGGAUACGGAGGCGGAGGAUAUGGCGGCGGUCGCCCUGAGCAAGGCGGUUAUGGUGGAAGUUACGGAGGUGGACAUGGCCGCGGUUACGCAGGAGGCUAUCAACCACCCCAGCAAGACUAUAGCCGAUACCCACCGCCAGGGGAACCGCCAUCACAUCACGGCUACAACCAGUAUCCUCCUCCUCAGCAAUCGCGGAACCGCUACCCGCCGCCUCCUUUUGCACCUCCUCCGGGACUGGAUACCUAUGGCUACCUGACUGUGCAAGGGUACGGUGGACAACAUCGCGCCGGGCCUCCCCCACCGUCUGCACCCCAACAGUUCGGCCACGGCGCCCCAGAAGGUUAUACAUUCCAGUACUCCAACUGUACCGGUAGGCGCAAGGCCCUGCUGAUCGGCAUCAACUACUAUGGUCAAGAUGGGGAGCUCGCAGGCUGCAUCAACGACACCAAGAACCUUUUCCGCUUUCUUGCUGAGAACUACGGAUACAAGAGAGAAGACACGAUUAUUCUGACGGAUGACCAGCACGACCCAAUGUUGAUACCCACCAAAGCUAAUAUUCUCCGAGCCAUGUCAUGGCUGGUCAGGGACGCCCAGCCCAACGACUCCCUCUUUCUGCACUAUUCGGGACAUGGCGGCCAGACAGAGGAUUUAGAUGGUGACGAGGAAGACGGCUACGAUGAGGUUAUCUAUCCUGUCGACUUCAAGGAAGCCGGCCACAUCGUGGAUGACGAGAUACAUCAUGUUGUAGUCAAGCCCCUCGUCGCUGGUGUCAGAUUAACUGCCAUCUUCGAUGCCUGCCACUCUGGCUCUGCCCUGGACCUGCCCUACAUCUACUCGACCAAGGGUGUACUGAAAGAACCCAACCUAGCGGCCGAGGCCGGUAAGGGCCUACUAUCGGCAGUCAUGUCGUAUGCGACGGGUGACACUGGCGGCGCCGCAAGUGCCGUCAUGGGUUUCGCCAAGUCGGCGUUUAAAGGAAACUCGGGCUACAAGAAGACCGUGGAGACAAAGACAUCACCCGCCGAUGUUAUUAUGUGGUCGGGCAGCAAGGACGACCAGACGAGUGCCGAUGCCACCAUUGCCUCGCAGGCUACUGGUGCCAUGUCGUGGGCUUUCGUCACGGCCCUGAAGCAAGACCCCAAGCAGAGCUAUGUCGAGCUGCUCAACAGUAUCCGAGAUGUGCUAGAGACCAAAUAUAGUCAAAAGCCGCAGCUUUCUUGCAGUCAUCCGCUGGAUACCGACUUGCUAUUCGUUAUGUGA